CACAGAAGCAAAUUCUAUACCUCUUGUGAUAGUAAUUUCUAGCGUAUAGCAAUAGUCUGAGAAAAGAAAAAUGGAGAGAAAAAUGAUGGAUUGUGGGUCUUGGUUUUUAUGGAUUCUUGGGCUCGGAAUCAUUUUGGCCAUGGUGGGUAGCCGCUGCGUGCAUGCUACCAUUACAUGUUCGGAAGCCAUAAGCACAUUGGCCACUUGCGUGCCCUUCUUAACGGGUGCUUCGCCAUCCCCAAGUGCUCCUUGCUGCGAAGGCGUGUCUAAACUGAAUGAUGAAGCUUCAACAACCAAAGAUCGUCAGGUCCUUUGUAAUUGUUUGAAGGCUACUGCCCCUAGCGUUGGGGUCAACCCAGAAAGAGCUAGGGAGUUGGCUCCAAUGUGUAGUGUUAACACUCCGGUGCCCAUCGACCCCGACACCAACUGCAAUAAUAUUACUAUGCAGAGGGGAAUGAAGUAACAGAGGAAUUGUAGAAUUUCAUCGUCCGAAGCUUUAUAACAAGAAAAGCAUACUCUUAUGUAAUAGAGUUUAUGAACCCUCCUUAUUACCUGAAUAAAUGGAUGAGAAAUAAAAUUGCAAUUUUUAGAAUUCUCUUAUCUAAAAAUAUAGUUUUUAUUAACAAUAUUCCAGGAAAUUGUUUGGUGAUGAAAUGAAUCUGGAUCAACCUAUACUUGCUUAGCUUUUUUUUUUCCUACAAAAAAAGGAGUAAAUUUCAUAUUUUCUGCAUAAAACUUUUUAAUCGAGUAAAAUUAAUUAUAUAGAUAGACAAGCUGGAGUAAGUAAAUAAUAAUAAUAAUAUAAUAGAGCAUGCACAUGCGAGGGUAUAAGACAUGUCUCUAUUAUUAAUUGUCUCCACUUAAUUGUUGGACUCAGGGACAGAGCCAAUGUAGGACAAUGGGGGCAGCCGCCCCCUAACCCUUUCAAAAUUUUCAAAUUUGGUAAAUUAAUUUCAAUUAGAAAUCAGUCCCAUGUUAUUUAUUAAAUUUGCCAUGAAUUAAUCACAAGAAAAUUGCAAAUUAAUUCAUCCACCAAUUACCAGAUUUAGAACAAUGUGUAUCUUUAGGCAAUUGCCCACAAGGCACGAGAAAGGUAACGGUGUUCGUAAUGAUAUUCUAUUCUUCCUUGUAAAGAUCUUGCACUUGUGUUCAAUGAAAUGUUUUACAUGGACAGAAACCCUUUUAGUUUAUGAUAUAAAACUUUUCUAAAUAG